GCCGCCGCCAUCACCCUGAACUUGCUUUCUUAUGCUACUUUGUAGCUAUAUUACAGCUACAAUUAAAAAUAAUUCAUUAUUUUUUAAAUUUAACGUCGUCUUCUGUGUCAAGAUGUGGUUUCCAGUACUUUCGGUGGGUUUCAGAAAGCGAGUAGUCGCUAAAAGAGGCUGUGUCGUGGCUUUGUUAAAGUGUUCAAAGCACAGAGAGGCUAACGUUAACCACUUCAGUCAUUCAGCUGGACGCAGCGCCCAGACUUGUCAAGCUCUGAUCUACUGCAAACACGGAGACCCUUCUCAAGUCGUUCAGUUGGAGCAUGUACCCGUCCCCCAAACAGGUGCAAAGGAAGUUCUGGUUAAACUCCUGGCAUCUCCAAUUAAUCCAUCUGACAUUAACAUGAUUCAGGGUACAUAUGCAAUCCUGCCAGACCUUCCUGCUGUUGGGGGCAAUGAGGGUGUGGCCCAGGUCAUAGAAGUGGGCAGUCAGGUGAAGUCUCUUAAAGCAGGGGACUGGGUCAUCCCCAGAGAUGCGGGGCUCGGGACAUGGAGGACAGAGGCAGUGUUAGCUGAAGAGGAUGUUAUCUCAGUGCCAAACAACAUUCCUCUGCUCUCUGCUGCCACACUGGGAGUGAAUCCCUGUACUGCCUUCAGAAUGCUCUCUGACUUUGAAGAUCUUAGACCAGGUGACUCUGUGAUUCAGAAUGCAGCCAACAGUGGAGUUGGACAGGCUGUCAUACAGAUUGCUGCAGCAAGAGGAAUAAACACUAUAAAUGUUAUUCGAGACAGACCAGAUUUCACACAGCUUAGUGACAGGCUGAAGGAUAUGGGGGCCAGUUAUGUCAUCAAAGAAGAGAGUCUUAGGCGACCUGACAUGAGGGAACUUUUUAAGACAUGUUCAAAGCCUAAAUUGGCUUUAAAUGGAGUUGGAGGGAAGAGUGCAACAGAACUGCUGCGUCAUCUACAAGUAGGAGGAUCUAUGGUGACAUAUGGUGGAAUGUCUAAACAGCCAGUGACUGUCCCUGUGAGUGCUCUUAUUUUCAAGGACGUCAAAGUGUGUGGUUUUUGGGUUACGCAGUGGAAGAAAGAUCACGCUCAUGAUGGGAGGCCAUUUAGAGCCAUGCUGGAUGAACUUUGCUCUCUUAUCCAGCAGGGGAAGCUAAGAGCUCCUUCCUGCUCAGAGGUGCAUCUACAAGACUAUCAGAAGGCUCUGGAAGCAGCCAUGCAGCCUUUUGCUUCCAGUAAACAGGUCCUAAUUAUGUGAAAAUUUUGCUCUCAUCAUUCAGUCACCACAUUGUGGUGUCAUCAUGUGUAAACGCAAGUGAAACCUAAGAUACAUGAUGCUUUAUCGUUGUUAUGUAAACCAGUUAUGAGCUCAAUAAAAGUGCGUUCUCGUC